CCGGGGAGAAACACGCCAUGACCUCAGUAGUGCUCUAGUCCCCGUAGGUGGAGGGUGUACACGCUGCUCUCUCCAGCUUUGACACCUGCGGAAUCAGAAUGGUGAGGGCGCAGAUGGUGGCGGCGGCGUUGGUGGUGUUGGCGUGCGGUAACAGUUGGGCUAGCGGCCAGGACGUGCCUCGGAACACGACGACGGAGCAGACGUUGAAGGAGCAGAGGUCGUACUCCCGCGCAGAGGGUCCGCGAACUGCCACUUUCAUCCCGGCCUUCGUCCUCGCCAACGUCUCCAGGAAGCAGCGGCAGCAGACGCCCGAGGAAAACGAUAUCGGCAAGAGUCCAUGUCCCAGAGGCUCGCGCGGCGAGGCUUGCAGAGGAGAGCUGGCCCGGAAUGCCCUCACCUGUACCUCAGGUUCGUGUAAGCAGUGUAGCCAAGAGUGCUCAUCGGUGGAGGCGUCACUGUUGCCCACCUGUUGCAGAGAUCACUUUCUCUGUUGCCGGCAGCUGGCGUCUGCCUGCCAACGGUGCGACACCUCACAACUCAUCCCUUUCUGUACCGUUGCCUUCAAAAGGUGCAGCUAAGAUUCCGUGCAUUCCUGGAGAAGCAUAAUAUGCUUCUGUGGUCAAAUUAUAUUUAAAAUACUAUCUGCCAUAUAUUGUCCUACAGCAUAUAUAUAUAUACAAACUUUUCUAUUAAAGUGCAUUUUCAGAAUUAUAAUUCCCUUAGUGCCUUCUCGUGACAUGGGUUCUCGAUCAUGUGUUCUUGUUGGUAAACAAUGAGUAGCAUGAACAAAUCCACAAGGGCCGUGACGAGGAUUCGAACCUGCGUCCGGGAGCAUCCCAGACACUGCCUCAAUCGACUGAGCUACGACAGGAUUAAAAAGGGUUCAAACCGAUGUUCUACUGAACUUACUUUGUUCAUUUGAUGCAUCACUUUAGUGUGAUCUGUGUGUGUAGUGAGUAGCAUGGUCAUCGUAACCAGAAACCAAGUCGGUAUCAGAUUGAAGAUUGUAUUCAACGAAAAGUGUGUUGUAAGCCUGCAGGGGGAUAUUUUAUCAAUAUUAUUCUAACUAGUGUUGAGAAAAUGUUUUGUAUGCUGUAAUAUAUAUAUUGAUAAAUACAGCAAUCUACUUUUAGGACUUUUGUUCUUGUAAAAAUUGUUUGCCAAAUUAUUUAAAUAUCAUUAGGAGGAGCAGGAACUUGGGGCUAUACAUCUCACAUUAAUGGAAUAUUAAACCGAGAUAAGAUCUAUUAGCAGGUCUACUUUACCAUUAAAUUUGCUUGGUCCCUUAAUUAGUUAAUGAAGUUACUAUUAUUUAAAUUAUUGAUUCAUUGAAUUUUCAUAUGGAUAUUACAAUAAAUACUUAAUGUAAAUUGCAGAUAAGUUACAUUUUUGAGGUAAUGGCCACACUGUCAAUCUCGAUCUGAUAUCACCUAAAACUGUCGUUUAUAGUCUGGUAGAAGUUAAUUUUCCUUACCCGAGGUAAGGUAAUAAUCAGGGAAAGUGCCAAGCCAUUAUGACUAUAUAACACUUGGAAGGGAUCAGGAUAAGGAUUUGGGAUGGGACGGGGGAAAGGAAUGGUGCCCAACCACUUGGACGGUCGGGGGAUUGAACACAGACCCGCAUGAAGCAAGACCGUCGCUCCACCGUCCAGCCCAAGUGGUUGGGCAAAGUGGAAAAUUAUGUAGUCUUACAUUUAACAAAAUAAUGUGCUUGAUUUUUUAAAACCUUGGCACUUUUGUGGCAUAUUGUCUCAUUAGUGUACAUGAGAACAAAUCCACAAGGGCCGUGACGAGGGUUCGAACAUACGUCCGAGAGGCUGCCUUAAUUGACAGUCCUUGUGGAUUUGUUCAUUUGAUGUAUCACUAUUGUGAUUUCUGUGUAGUGUACAUCACUGUUAUUCGGCUUGUAACUUUCCCUUCAACUGAAUUCUAACUAGGCUUUGUUCUGUUCUGUUCCUACGCAGUUAUGAGAGUAUGUAUUAAAACUGUUGAACUUU